AUGUCUAUUCGUUUAUAUUUUCUUGUAAUUGUUGUUAUUAUUUUCUCAAUUGGAAUCGAAGGUAAAUCUUCAAUAAAUGGAAAACUAGCAAGUCGUAUAAAUUAUUUACUUAAUAUAACCGAAGCUGAAAAGACGUACCAAAAUGUCUUAGAAACAAAUAUAAACAGUGAUCCAGUUCUUUCGAUGUAUAAAUCGGAUAUAAUGUCAUUUAUUAAUAAAUUCUUUUCAUUUCAAUCAUUACGUCCUGAUAUAAUUGAAAUCUAUCGAGAUCUUUUUACAUUAUCUGAUAUAAAUGGAUUAAUUAAAUUUUAUUCAUCACCAUUAGGAAAAAAAUUACUUGAAAAAGAACCUCAAGCUGAAACUCGUCUUGGUCAAUUAAUUCAAAAAAGAGUACAAGAAAACAUGCCACAAAUUAUAUCAUGGGUUCAACAAAAGUUUUUCAAAAAUCUACCAAACAAUCAAAUUAAUCAAGAAAUUCCUGCACUUCAUUGA